CGCCGUAAUCAGCUGGUAUGCAGCUGAAAGGUCACGCCAGUGCAGCAGACAAGAUGGAUGUGAAUCAGGCAAAACAAGAGCAUCUGCUCGCGUUAAAAGUGAUGAGACUGACCAAACCUACACUUUUCACAAACAUGCCGGUAACGUGUGAGGACCGAGAUCUUCCAGGUGAUUUGUUUAUACGACUCAUGAAAGACGACCCCUCUACUGUGAAGGGGGCAGAAACACUAAUCCUUGGGGAAAUGCUCACCCUGCCACAGAAUUUUGGAAAUAUUUUCCUUGGCGAGACCUUCUCCAGUUACAUUAGUGUGCACAACGACAGCAAUCAAGUGGUCAAAGAUAUUCUCGUAAAGGCGGAUCUGCAAACGAGCUCCCAGAGGUUAAAUUUAUCUGCUUCAAACUCUGCAGUUUCUGAACUCAAUCCAGAGUGUUGCAUUGAUGAUGUGAUCCAUCACGAAGUCAAGGAAAUCGGAACACACAUUUUGGUCUGUGCAGUCAGCUACACCACUCAGUCUGGAGAGAAACUGUACUUUAGGAAAUUUUUUAAAUUUCAGGUUCUCAAGCCUCUUGAUGUAAAAACCAAAUUCUACAAUGCUGAGAGUGACCUCAGUUCAGUGACGGAUGAGGUGUUUUUAGAAGCACAGAUCCAGAACAUCACCACGUCACCAAUGUUCAUGGAAAAAGUGUCUCUGGAACCUUCUAUGAUGUACAACGUCACUGAGCUCAACACUGUGACCUCUGCAGAUGAUAGUGAAUCUACAUUUGGGAAGAUGUCUUAUCUGCAGCCCUUAGACACAAGGCAGUAUUUGUACUGCCUGAAGCCAAAGCCAGAGUUUGCAGAGAAGGCUGGGGUCAUAAAGGGGGUGACAGUAAUUGGCAAACUAGACAUUGUGUGGAAAACCAACCUUGGGGAGAGGGGACGACUACAGACCAGUCAACUACAGAGAAUGGCUCCUGGUUACGGUGACGUCAGGCUUUCCCUCGAGCUCAUCCCAGACACUGUCAAUCUAGAGGAACCCUUUGACAUCACCUGUAAAAUCACAAACUGCAGUGAGAGGACUAUGGAUCUGCUAUUGGAGAUGUGUAACACUCGCUCCAUACACUGGUGUGGGGUUUCAGGCAGACAGCUUGGUAAACUCAGCCCCAGUGCCUCUCUCUCCAUACCUCUCAAACUCCUGUCAUCCGUUCAGGGUUUACAGAGCAUAUCAGGAUUGAGACUAACAGAUGUCUUCCUGAAAAGAACGUAUGAAUAUGACGACAUCGCACAGGUCUGUGUGGUGUGUCCUUACACAAGUCCAGAAAGCUAAAAACCCUGUGUAUCUCAUGUCUGUCUGCACCUAUUAAUAUCAACCUUUUGUUCUAAUCCUUCAAGGUGGUUGUUUUAAAAUGUCAUUUUUAAAGCCCUUAAUCAUGAUUUUAAGUGUCUGUCAAUGUGAAUAAAACAGUUAAAUUAAAAAUCAGGAUUCUGUAUUGUGAUAAAACAGGUUUGCUGCACAAAAUUGGGGUUAGCAGGAUGCAUCAAAGUUCUGAGACGCAUAACUGAUCAAUAAUAAUGAUAAUACAAAAAUUAAAAGAUAAUAAAAAAGCACUGAUAUCUAUUAACGAAUAAUUUCAAGACACCUUUAUUGAUAUAUUUUGACAAAACAUUUUACUGCUCUGUUUUACAAGCAUAUUCUCAUAAGAUUAAAUCACUCAUCUGACUGCAAAUAUCAGAUUAUGGAGCAUGCAAAAUAAAAUGCAAAUGCUGAGAUUAUGAAUAUGCUAUUACAGCAACAUUAUUUCAUUGUCAUUAAUAAUAAAUAAACAACUUGACAAACAGGA